AUGAGACCGAAGCGAAAACAGACGUUCGAACAUGAACAGCUUCAGUCCUAUCAGUUUGAUUUUAAUAUUGAUGAAGGAAAUGUAAUGGAUAAUGAAACGACGACUGAUGUUGCAGUAACACCACUGCAUGAUGAUUUACAACAACAGGAUUUAACGCGAGAUCAAUUACAACAAUUAUUCAGUCGAGCUGGUUCUGCAUUAGUUGCAGAAGCAACGGAUGAUCAAGAGUUUUUUAAACGAAAAACAACAAUCAAAGUACCAAAAACAAGUAAAGUAAUAAAAACACCAUUCCCACCUCCUGAAUCAGAUCUUCAAGAGGAUUUUGACAUUAAUAUUGAACAAUUGAAGCAGUUGGCUAAUAAAUCGACAGGUCCACUGAUCAUUGAAAGACAUUCUCCAAAUGAACAAGAAAUUGAUCAUGCAUUAUCAACCAUUGCAUUCACAUUUAAUCAACCUAUGAUAAAUAUUUCAACACUUGAUGAACAGAUAAAUCCAGAAGAUCUAGGUCUAUCAUUAAUACCAAAAAUAGAUGGUCGAUGGAGAUGGAUAGACACGAAAACUGUUCAGUUUGAAGCCCAAACAUCGUUUACCAUAUUCAACAAAGUAUACACUCAGAGUUGA